AUGGCCAUGCGUGGCCGGUGUGCCAAGGUGCUCCCCUCCGAGCUGAACAAGGUGUGCCCUGAGAGAGAGGAAAACCCUGCCACGCACCCCGGGAAGAUGAGCGACUUCGAGGUGGUCCCCAACCUCCGGCAGAGCAGCAGCAGCGUCUCAAAGAGCCGGCGGAAGGCACAUUUCCCUACCAGCAGCAAUGAAAAGGAAAAUCUCAUCUCGUGGAUUCCUGAAAACAUCCGGAAGAAAGAGUGCACCUACUUUGUUGAAAGCUCCCAGACAUCAGAUUCUGGGAGGGUUGUGUGCAAGUGCGGCUAUCUCAGGGAACAGCACCUGGAAGAUGCUGCCAAACCUCCCAUCUUCCUGGGAAAGGAAUGGGACCCCAGCAGGCACAUCCAGGAACUGCCAACAGAUGCCUUCGGUGAUAUCCACUUCACUGGCCUAGGGCAGAAGAUGGGGAAGUACGUGCGUGUCUCCUCAGACACCCCUCCACGGGUCAUCUACCACCUCAUGACACAGCACUGGGGCCUCGAUGCACCCAACCUGCUCAUCUCAGUCACGGGGGGAGCCAAAAACUUCAUCAUGAAGCCAAGGCUGAAGAACAUCUUCCGGCAAGGGCUGGUCAAAGUGGCCCAGACCACUGGGGCCUGGAUCAUCACAGGGGGGUCCCACGCUGGUGUGAUGAAACAGGUGGGAGAGGCGGUGCGAGACUUCAUCCUGAGCUGCAGCCACAAGGAGGGCGAGAUCGUCACCAUUGGCAUAGCCACCUGGGGGACGGUGUACAACCGGGAGAGCCUCAUCUGCCCCAUGGGUGGCUUUCCAGCGGAGUACGUUCUGGAUGAGGAGAACCAAGGCAGCCUCUCAUGCCUCGACAGCAACCACUCCCACUUCAUCCUGGUGGACGAUGGGACCCACGGGAGGUAUGGGGUGGAAAUACCCCUGAGGACCAGACUGGAGAAGUUCAUUUCGGAGCAGACCAAGGUGAAAGGAGGUGUUGCCAUCAAGAUCCCCAUUGUGUGCGUGGUGCUGGAAGGAGGCCCCGGGACACUCGACACCAUCUACAACGCCAUCACCAAUGGGACCCCCUGUGUGAUUGUGGAAGGGUCUGGGCGCGUGGCCGAUGUCAUUGCACAGGUGGCCAGCCUGCCUGUGCCCAAGAUAACCAUUGCCUUGAUCCAGAAGAAGCUGAGUGUGUUCUUCCAUGACACCUAUGAGCUCUUCACUGAGGGCAAGCUGGUGGAGUGGACCAAGAAGAUCCAAGACAUAGUGCGGAGCCGGCAGCUCCUGACCAUUUUCAGAGAGGGCAAAUACGGCCAGCAGGACGUGGAUGUGGCCAUCCUCCAGGCCCUGCUCAAAGCAUCCCGAAACCAGGACCACUUUGGCCACGAGAACUGGGACCACCAGCUGAAGUUAGCUGUGGCCUGGAACAGGGUGGACAUCGCUCGGAGUGAGAUCUUCACGGACGACCACGAAUGGAAGCCCACAGAUCUCCACCCCGUGAUGGCAGCAGCCCUGAUCUCCAACAAGCCGGAGUUUGUGAAGCUAUUCCUGGAGCAGGGAGUGCGUCUCAAGGAGUUUGUCACCUGGGAUACCCUGGUUUACCUCUACGACAACAUGGCACCCUCCUGCCUGUUCCACAGCAAGCUGCAGAAGGUCCUGCUGGAGGAGCGAGAGCACGCAGCUGGCUCCAAAAUGCCACGGAUCCAACUGCACCACGUCUCCCAGGUGCUGCGGGAGCUCCUGGGCUGCUCUACACAGCCUCUCUACCCCAAGCCCAAGCAGGCGGAGCGGCCCCGGCUCUCCAUCCCAGUCCCACACAUCAAGCUGAAUGUUCAGGGGUCCAGUCUCCGGUCCCUCUACAGGCGCUCUGCUGGCCGCGUCACCUUCACCAUGGACCCAGUCCGUGACCUGCUUAUCUGGGCCGUGGUCCAGAACCGCAAGGAGCUGGCAGAAAUCAUCUGGGCACAGAGCCAGGACUGCAUGGCAGCCGCACUGGCUUGCAGCAAAAUCCUGAAGGAGCUCGCCAAGGAGGAGGACGACACCGACACCACCGAUGACAUGCUGGCUCUGGCUGAGCAGUACGAGCAAAAGGCGAUCGGCGUGUUCACAGACUGCUACCGCAAGGAUGAAGAGAGAGCCCAGAAGCUCCUCACCCGCGUCUCAGAGGCCUGGGGAAAGACGACCUGUCUGCAGCUGGCGUUGGAGGCCAAGAACAUGAACUUCGUGUCCCACGGGGGCGUCCAGGCCUUUCUAACCAAAGUCUGGUGGGGGAAGAUGUGCGUAGACAACGGGCUUUGGCGGGUGGUCGCGUGCAUGCUGUUUUUCCCGCUUCUCUACACCAGCCUCAUCACCUUCAGGGAGAAGAGGCUGCAGCCCACGGGCUGCCUGACACGCCUCCGAGCCUUCUUCACAGCACCCGUCGUCAUCUUCCACAUGAACAUCCUCUCCUACUUCACCUUCCUCCUGCUCUUUGCCUACGUCCUGAUGGUUGACUUCCAGCCCUUGCCAUCCUGGCGGGAGUAUCUCAUCUACUUCUGGCUCUUCUCCCUGGUGUGCGAGGAGAUCCGCCAGCUUCUGUAUGAUCCGGAUGGGCUGGGGAUCAUGAAAAUGGCUUCCCUCUACUUCAAGGAUUUCUGGAAUAAGCUGGAUAUCUGCGCCAUCCUCGUCUUUGUCACAGGGUUGACUUGCAGGCUGAUCCCAUCAACUUUAUAUCCCGGGCGCAUCAUACUCUCCCUGGCUUUUAUCAUUUUCUGCCUGCGUCUGAUGCACAUUUUCACAGUCAGCAAAACGCUGGGGCCCAAGAUCAUCAUUGUGAAGCGCAUGAUGAAGGAUGUCUUCUUCUUCCUCUUCCUGCUGGCAGUGUGGGUAGUGUCCUUUGGGGUGGCCAAGCAGGCCAUCCUGAUCCACAACGAGGAACGCGUGGAGUGGCUUUUCCGUGGUGUAGUCUACCACUCCUACCUGACCAUCUUUGGGCAGAUUCCCUCCUACAUCGACGGAGUCAACUUCAACAUUGACCAGUGCAGCCCCAACGGGACUGACCCCUACAAGCCCAAGUGCCCAGAGACGAACGAGGACAACAAGAAACCCAUCUUCCCUGAGUGGCUGACAGUCAUCUUACUGUGCCUGUACCUGCUCUUCACCAACAUCCUCCUCCUCAACCUCCUCAUCGCCAUGUUCAACUACACCUUCCAGCAGGUCCAGGAGCACACGGACCAGAUCUGGAAGUUCCAGCGGCACGACCUGAUUGAGGAGUACCACGGCCGCCCGCCUGCGCCCCCGCCCUUCAUCCUCCUCAACCACCUGCAGCUCCUGGUCCGGCGAGGCUUGCUCCGCAGGCCAGCUAGGCGCCACAAACAGCUCAAAGAGAAGCUGGAGAAGAAUGAAGAAGCUGCCCUCCUCUCUUGGGAGAUGUACCUGAAGGAGAGCUACCUGCAGCACCGGCAGUGCCAGGAGAAGCAGAACACAGAGCAGAAGAUCCGAGACAUUGCGCAAAGGGUUGAUGUGCUGGCAGAGCUGCUGGACUUGGACCGGGUGAAGAGGAGGGGGCUGGUGGAGCAGAGACUGGCCGGUCUGGAAGAGCAGGUGCAGCAGAGUGCCCAGGCCCUGCGGUGGAUAAUGCAGGCGCUGCAGGGCAACGGCUUUGGCUCGGGCAAGGAUGUGCCACCUGUGGGCUCCAGCAAAGCCUCGGAGAGGAAGGAGGUUGACCUGGAGGGGAAGCCCGAGGAGAGCCAGCCCCCAUUCCACGUGCUUGCCCGAAAUCUCCUUUACCCAGGGUCUCACACCCUCCGCUUCCCUGUGCCGGAUGAGAAGGUCCCCUGGGAGGCAGACUUCCCACUCUACGACCCCCCCACCUACUCGGCUGACCACAAGGACAUGGCUGGGCAGGACCCGUUCAGCCCCUCCUUGGAGUCUCUCCUGAAGAUCAACUACAACACCAUGGACGGGCUGAUUGACCGGCAGAGCUUCCACGGCCCCUACGCCGUGCGGGAUGGGCUGCCCCUGAACCCCAUGGGCAGGACGGGGCUGCGGGGCCGCGGGAGGCUGCACUGCUUUGGGCCCAACCAUGCCCUGCACCCUGUUGUGACCCGCUGGAGGAGGAAUUUGGAUGGGUCCAUCAUCAGGAAGAGCCUGAAGAAGAUGCUGGAAGUCCUGGUAGCCCAGUACCCGCUAUCGGACGUCUGGGCUCUGCCCGGGGGGUCGCUGGAGCCGGGUGAGACGCUGCCACUGAAGCUGAAGUGGGUCCUGCGCCGGGAGUUCUGGCCCCAGUUCCAGAACUUGCUGAAACAAGGCACCGAGGUACACAAGGGGUAUCUGGACGACCCCCGCAACACGGAUAAUGCCUGGGUGGAGACGGUGGCUGUCAGCAUCCACUUUGACAACCAGAAUGAUGUGGAGAUGAAGCGUCUGAAUUCGUUCCUCCAGGGUUGUGACCCGGAGCUGUGCAUCCGCUGGCAGGCACUGGACAAGAGGAUCCCUGUGCACACCAACCACAAGGAGCUCCUGCGCAAGGUCUCAACCCUCCUUGGCUCCUAUUACUGA